AUGGAGGAAGACCAAGAAGAUAUUGAAGAUGAAACCAGUGUUGUAGAACAAAAUACACCAACUUUUAGAAGAUGCUUCAAUAGUACGGAUCUGCACGGCUUAGGGGAAUACAAAACGAUAAGAGAUAUGAUGGUUGAGACAAGCUUGGAUGUGGAUAGAAUAGUGGACGACGACAUAGGCAAAUAUCUAAAUAAAGAAGUUCAUGACGACAUUGAAGAUUCUGAAAGACCGGGUACAAGUUCAAUGCGUAACAUUGAUGUGCUGAUAGAAGGCGAAACUGUUGAACAUUUUGUGAAUCAGUGCAAUGGCUUCUACGAAGAGAUGAAACUCAAAGUCUCAUCCCUGAGACGCACGCCUGAUGUGAACAAUUUGACUGUGAAGCCAAAGAAAAAUAUGGAUGAAGGUGACAUAUUCAAAAACAUACAGCAUACCCCAGACGUUCAAAAACGGUUAGACGCUAUCAAUAAGUUGGAUUUUGAUAUUAGAGACAUAAUAAACACAUAUAAAGUUGAAAGAGCUGCUAGAAUGGAGGCGCAAUUGGAAAUGUGCAACGAGUUGAGCCAAUAUCCUGACUGCAGAGAAAGAGACAGUGAAAAGUUUCUAGAAGUGUGCCAGUUUGAGCUGUCUCAGUGUGGCAGUGAUUCCGAGGAUGACGAAAAUGGAGGAAGUUUGGAGAACAGCCAGCAACAACAACCGAAAGUGGAGGCUAGGUUCGUCAGGAGAAAUGUUGCACUUGCUAGGGAGGGAUACUUAGCUGGGUGUUCUUUAACUGAUGAGGAGAAAAGUAAAAUUGAAGGAAUCAUGACUGUAAAAGACGAUGAUAGUGACGGGAAACAAAAAAGUAAAACUCACUUUACCAAUGCUAACAAGACAACACAUGAGCAAACCUACACUCAUAAUGCUUAUAAGUUUGAAGUUGACCAAUCUCAAAAAAUGAAAGAGAUAGACACAGAGUUGGAAAAAUUCGCCUUGGAUGAGAAGAAUACUGAGAAAUACGUCAGUGGGCUUCCAAAAAGCUACGAAGAAACAGGAAGUAUAUGUCUAUUGAAAAAAGAGAUAGCUAUUAUUGAAGCGAAGUUGAAAGAAUUGAGGAAUAGGGAUGGUGAAGAAAUGGAGAAGAAUAAAGAGAGGUUUUUGGAGUUACAGAAGAAAUGGAAACAGGAGGAUGAACAAGAAGAAAAGGAAUUUGCUGCUCAAGAGAAAAAGAAUGAUGAACUUGACGCGAUGUUAGAAGAAUUAGUAAACAGAGAAGAGGAAGGGAUAGAGAAGGACAAAGAACGGCUAUUGGAGUUGCAGAAAAAAUGGAAAAUAGAGGAUGACAAAGAAGAAAAUGACAAAGAGGCACAAGAGAGGCUGCUGGAGUUACAAAAGAAAUGGAAAGAGGAAGAUGAGCGAGAAGAAUUGAAUUUGAAUACGGGAGAUGCGGCUGAGCAAAAUGAAGUAGAGAAUAUUAGUGAGGCAAAGAUUGAUGAAGAUGAACCGACGACAGGAGAAUAUAGCAAUGCAUUUCAACUUGUAAAUUCCGCAGAAGUACUUUAG